UGAAAGGGACGAAAAGUACAUCUUACGCUCUCAAACCGAAUGCCGUUACGUUGCCUCCGCUUCGCUUUUAAAAUCCUUCUUAUUUUUUGUGGAAUUUUUUUUACAGUUUUGUAUUUUCAAGGCUAUGAUAAAUUACCUGCGAGCACUUAUAACAUUAGCGAAACCUGGUUUGGUCGUAUGAAAUAUGUUAGACGAGUGGGAAAGCUCAGUUCCGCUUGUCGUCUUCCUAACUUGGAUCCAUACCACCCUAGCAUAAUGAAAUUCAUGAAAGAUCUUGGCAAGCUUGAGUGCAAGGGAGAGACAUAUUCGAACUUCAAAGGCGACAUUCUCGAAGUGAAAGGGAAAGGGAUUUCUUCCGCGAAAUAUAGAACAAUUCAACGACCACGUGGAGAUGAUUCCAAGGCUGAGCUUUCCGAUCCCAUAGAGAUGUGGAACCUGGUCAAGCCGACUGUGCAACCAAACCAAAGGGGAUUGAUUCCGUGGUCUUGGCUUUUUCGAAGAAAAGCGACUGCUUCCAACUCUGGAAGUUUCUUGGGGAAAGCUAAGGUCAAAUCUGAUUUUGUCCGAGUCGAUGUUGUUACGACGUCCGGUGACGUGGAGAGUGAUGUGCAUAUGCAGGUCAUACCUAAAGAGGAAGUCUUAUCAAGAUCGGUGAAGGCUGGUGGUAUUCCACUGGAUAUCUCAUUGAUCAUGUUUGAUUCCACAUCUGCUGCUAAUUUCCAAAGAAAGAUGCCCAACACUUUGAAAUAUUUGACGAAGCACCUCAAUUCAAUUAUUCUUCAAGGAGAGACAAUUGUUGGUGAUGGUACAACGGCUCAGCUUUGUGCAUUGCUCACUGGGAUUGCUGAAAAGCACCAGCCUGAAGCCAGACGAAGUGAAAGUAACUCAGACACAGUUGAUAAGUGGCGCUGGAUUUUUAAAGAUUUCAAAGAACACGGAUACGCCACUUUAUUCUCCGAGGAUUUUCCACGUGUCGCAUCAUUCAAUUAUCGUCUACUUGGUUUCAAAGAUCCGCCCACGGAUCAUUAUUCCAGACCAUUCUGGUUGGAGGCAGAAAAUAUCAUUAAAGGCCAUUGCAUCAGUGGCCGUGCCUCCCAUAAUAUUUCACUGGAGUAUCUGAUGAGCUUCUAUCGCGCUUACAAAGACAGGCCAAAAUUUUCACUGGUGACACACGCGGUGAUCUCACACGACGAUCAGAACACUAUUGGUUACACCGAUGAUGAUUUAAAAACAAUUUUGCAAACCAUGGAAAAAGAGUUCUUUCUCAACAGGACCCUCUUGAUUAUAUUCGGAGACCAUGGAGCUAGGUUUUCUGAUGUGAGAAAAUCAAUCCAAGGGAAGCUAGAGGAGAGACUUCCCUUCAUGUCCAUCACAGUACCAAAGUGGUUUACCAGGAAGUAUCGAAAUUUAUACAAGAAUUUGAUUCAUAAUUCAGAAGUAUUGACCACGCCCUUUGAUGUGUACGCUACCCUGCGUCACAUUCUGUCGUAUCCAAAUUAUCCGAGCGGGAUAACGACUGGUCAAAGCCUGUUUAACAGGAUUGACAAAGACAAUCGCACGUGUGAAAAUAGCGGUGUCGAGGAGCACUGGUGUCCAUGUCUGAACUUAGAAGAAGUCUCAACAAACAAGCCUCUGAUAAAGAUGUUAGCAGAAUUUGUGGUUAAGUUUAUGAACAAUUUAAUGUCAAAAUACUCUGCAUUAGAAAAUCUUUGUCAAAAGCUUGUUUUAAAAGAAGUCCAAAGCGCAUACAUCGACAUGCCAAAUGUAAAAUUGCAACUCUUUGAGAAAAGUAGCCGAGAUGAUGACUGUGAUUCUUGUGGAGUGAUACUCGGUGAAAAAUCCGUCAACACUUUAACCGAGAACACAUUGUAUCAGUUGCAGUUCACAACGUCUCCGAAUGAUGGAUUUUAUGAGGCUACGAUCAAAAUGAAGAAAGGUGUUCCUUCGCUAAGAGGGGAUAUUAGUCGAAUCGAUGCUUAUGGAAAUCAGCCAUAUUGCAUCGUAGACAAAUUUCCACUUUUACGGAAGUAUUGCUACUGCUUAUAGAAAAAAAUGCUCUUUCGCAGAUGUACUGCGAGACCGCCUCAACAUCGGGUACCUUUGAAUGGGAAAUAGAGUGCGCAAUGCUUGAUGGUUAGGUGACAAGUUUAACAAGCUCAUGACACCUCGGACACUGAGCUGCAAGAAAUGAGGGAGGCCUGGACGAGACAAGAUAGAUAUAAACUUGUACAAUUUUCGCGACGUACCGGAAUAAACACCGUAAACUGCGAUGCACUGUGUUGCCAAACAGAUUCUAACCGCCUAAUCAAAAUGAUAUGUCAUGAUAGAUUUGACUGACUGACUGGUCAGUGGCUGACUAACUCUGACUUCGCUCUAGUUCUCCAACCUAGUCGCCUGU